GAACUCCAACCAAACCAUGGCGCCUAAAGCCAAAGGUGGUGACAAGGGUAAAAAAGGCAAAGAUGCGGCUAAGGCGCCAAAGCAAAAGGACAAGGGGAAAAAAAAGGAAAAACCGGUAAAGGCAAAGGCUCCACCCCCAGCACCGGAGCCCAAACCUGAAGAGCCCAAACCUGAAGAGCCCAAACCUGAGGAGCCCAAGCCUGAGGAGGUCAAGCCUGCAGAGGUCAAGCCUGAGGAGGUCAAGCCUGCAGAGGUCAAGCCUGCCGAGCCCAAACCUGAGGAGCCCAAGCCUGCCGAGGCCAAGCCUGCCGAGGCCAAGAAGGUAGAGUUCCAGGAACCCGUAAGGGAAAAGUCAGUGCAGCCCAAGGACCGAGUGGGCACAAGGAAGGGAUUUCGCCGCUAUCGGUGGGAACUCAAGGACAGCAAUAAAGAGUUCUGGAGCAUGGGGCACGCCGAGGUCAAGAUUCUGAGUUUGGGCUGCCUGAUAGCUACUGCAAUGCUGUUCUACGUACUUCCGGUGCAUCCAGUCUUGCGUCUCGUCAACAAAAUGGAGAUAGCCAUCUUCAGCUCCUUCAUCAUCCUCUACAGCUUUGCCAUCAAUAGAUACAUCCCUUUCAUCCUCUGGCCCAUUUCUGACCUCCUCAAUGACCUGUUCUCCUUUAUAUUCCUUUCGGGAGCCGCUGUCUUUGGUUUCACAAUUCAGAGGUCCCUGCCGCUGUAUUACACAAUUGGUCUGGGCCUUAUGGGUGCUGCUGCAUUUUUUGCUUUAAUUGAUAUACCUAUCCAAACAAAACACUUCAAAGGCAAGAGGGCCAGAAGGAAUGCGCUGAUUCCUCCUCCACCAAGGGAAAUACAACCUGAAGAGCCCAAGGAAGCAGAAGCAGGCCAGGCACCACCAACACCCGAAGCAGCAGCAGCCCCAGACGCAGACCCAGCCAAAGGAAACAAAAAGUGACUUAGAGGAGACUCCUGUUGUCAGAAAUGGCAAACCACUGCCUUCCCUGUCUCCUUUCUAAAAUGAUAGCUUGGAGAAGAAAUGUCUCCUUAAAUGGAUUU